AUGCAGCUGAUCUCAGUUCUGUACUCCCUGAACACAGAUGCUGAUGGGAAAACUGUGCAGGUGGUGAAACUGAAUGCUACUCAGGGGACUCAAGGGUGCGCUCCGCAGCUGCAGCCUGGACGGGCAAGUCGCGCUGUCCGCCCCAAAGCUGCGGGUCCCAGGACACACGUGGCGCGGCCGCCCGGUGGCCGCGCGUGGACACGAUGGCCGCGUCCUCACCCCUCCCUGCCCCGCUCCUGCUUCCCGCCCUACAAGCAGCCUGAGCCGGACAACGCCUGCCAGAAGUUCUCUCGGCCUCACGCACAGCAAACCUCUUUGCUCCCGGGGACCGCCGGGCGCAAAAGAGCUCGGAGCUCGGGCGCUUACCCGGGUCGGGACCCGUACUCGACCCCGGCGGCGCGCGCGCGCGCGACCCCACGGCCGCCUCCGCGCCCGGCGCCCGCUCACCGCUCCCGCGCUCGCUUUCUCGCCCCAGGUGCCGGCGCCCGUGGGGAGCAGCUGCCGCAGGGGGCGUCCGGGGUGUGGUCAGUGAGGCGCAGCCUGAGGAAGAUGCUGCGCCCGGGGGAGAAGAAGGAGCCCCGGGGCGUCGUCUACCUGGGCGUGGAGGACCACAUGGACGACUCCAAGGACUUUAAGGUGGUUUUCGAGGGAAGUGCAUGCGGUUUACAAAACUCUGUAAAGAAACAAAAGAGAUUAAAAAACUGUGAUGAUGUGAAUGCCUCCCCUUUGCACCAUGCUGCAGAAGAAGGUCAAGUGGGUCUGAUGGAGAUGAUCGUCAAUGAAUCCUCUUGUGAAGUACUGAAUGUGAUGGAUGAUUAUGGAAAUACCCCUCUGCACUGGGCUGCAGGAAAAAACCAGGUGGAAAGUGUUAAGUUUCUUCUUCGCAAAGGAGCCAAUCCAAACCUCCGAAACUGCGACAUGAUGGCCCCACUGCACGUGGCUGCGCAGGGUUUAUACAACGACGUGAUGAAGGUCUUGAUUGAGCAUCGCACUACUGAUGUUAAUCUGGAAGGAGAAAAUGGAAACACAGCUCUGAUAAUCGCAUGUUUCACAGAUAAUAGUGAAGCAGUGCAGCUUUUGUUAAAUAAAGGAGCUAAACCAUGUAAAUCAAAUAAAUGGGGAUGCUUCCCUAUUCACCAGGCUGCAUUUUCAGGUGCCAAAAAAUGCAUGGAAAUAAUAUUAAAGUUUGGUGAGGAACAUGGGCAUAGCAGACUGUCUCACAUUAACUUUUUGAACAAUGGGAAAGCUAGCCCUCUGCACAUGGCAGUUCAAAGUGGUGACUUGGAAAUGAUUAAAAUGUGCCUGGACAGCGGUGCAGAGUUGGACCUGAUGGAGAAAGGGAAGUGCACAGCCCUUCAUUUUGCUGCCACCCAGGGAGCCACUGAGAUUGUUAAACUGAUGAUAUCUUCCUACUCUGGCAGCAGCGAUAUUGUUAAUCAGGUGGAUGGAAAUCACAAGACACUGCUUCACAGAGCCUCAUUAUUUGAUCACCAUGAACUAGCAGACUACUUAAUUUCAGUGGGAGCAGAUAUCGAUAUCACCGAUUCUGAAGGACGUUCUCCACUUAUAUUAGCAACUGCUUCCGCAUCCUGGAAUACUGUAAAUUUGCUCCUCUCUAAAGGUGCCCGUGUAGACAUAAAAGAUAAUCUUGGACGUAAUUUUUUGCAUUUGACUGUGCAGCAACCUUAUGGAUUAAAAAAUUUGCCACCUGAGUUUUUGCAGAUGCACCAUAUUAAAGAGCUGGUGACGGACGAAGACAACGAUGGGUGUACUCCUCUACACUAUGCAUGUAGACAGGGGGUCCCUGUCUCUGUAAAUAACCUACUUGACUUUAAUGUGUCCAUUCAUUCCAAAAGCAAAGAUAAAAAAUCACCCCUGCAUUUUGCAGCCAGUUAUGGGCGUAUCAAUACCUGUCAGAGGCUCCUCCAAGACAUGAGUGACACAAGGCUUUUGAAUGAAGGUGACCUUCAUGGAAUGACUCCUCUCCACCUGGCUGCAAAAAAUGGGCAUGAUAAAGUAGUUCAGCUCCUUCUGAAAAAAGGUGCAUUAUUUCUCAGUGACCACAAUGGCUGGACUGCUUUGCAUCACGCUUCCUUGGGAGGGUACACGCAGACCAUGAAGGUCAUUCUUGACACUAACAUGAAGUGCACAGAUCGGCUAGAUGAAGAGGGGAAUACCGCGCUUCACUUUGCGGCAAGGGAGGGCCACGCCAAAGCCGUCGCGCUGCUCUUGAGGUACGAUGCUGACAUCGUCCUGAACAAGCAGCAGGCCUCCUUCCUGCACACUGCUAUUCACAAUAAGAGAAAGGAGGUGGUUCUCACGACCAUCAGGAACAAAAGAUGGGAAGAAUGUCUUAAGGUUUUUAGUCAUUAUUCUCCAAGCAAUAGAUGUCCAAUCCUGGAAAUGGUAGAAUACCUCCCUGAAUGCAUGAAAGUACUUUUAGAUUUCUGCAUGAUGCCCUCCACAGAAGACAAGUCCUCCCAAGACUACCACAUCGAGUAUAAUUUCAGAUAUCUUCAAUGUCCAUUAGAAUUCACCGAAAAAGUAGCACCAGUACAGGAUGUUACAUACGAGCCUCUUUCAACCCUCAAUGCAAUGGUACAACAUAACCGCAUAGAGCUUCUCAAUCACCCUGUGUGUAAAGAAUAUUUACUUAUGAAAUGGUUGGCUUAUGGGUUUAGAGCCCAUGUUAUGAACCUAGGAUCUUACUGUCUUGGUCUCCUGCCUAUGACCUUUCUUGUUGUCAGUAUCAGACCAGGUAUGGCUUUCAACUCAACUGGAAUCAUCAAUGAAACUAGUGACCAUUCAGAAAUAUUAGACACCAAGAAUUCCUAUACUAUAAAUAUCUGUAUGAUUUUAGUCUUGUUAUCAAGUAUAUUUGGAUAUUGCAAGGAAGUGGCCCAAAUUUUCCAGCAGAAAAGGAAUUACUUUUUGGAUAAUAACAAUGCAGUUGAAUGGAUUAUCUACACAACAAGCAUCAUUUUUGUGUCACCCUUGUUCGUCAGUAUACCAGCUUAUGUGCAGUGGCAAUGUGGAGCAAUUGCUAUAUACCUCUAUUGGAUGAACUUCUUAUUGUAUCUUCAGAGAUUUGAAAAUUGUGGAAUUUUUAUCGUGAUGUUGGAGGUGAUCAUGAAAACGCUGUUGAAGUCUACAGUUGUGUUUGUCUUCCUUCUUGUGGCUUUUGGACUCAGCUUUUACGUCCUCCUGAGUAUACAGGAUGCUUUCAGCUCUCCGUUGCUUUCUAUAAUGCAGACCUUCAGCAUGAUGCUAGGAGACAUCAAUUAUCACGAUGCCUUCUUAGAACCGUAUUUGAGAAAUGAAUUGGCGUAUCCACUUCUGUCCUUUGCACACCUUAUUGUGUUCACCAUGUUCGUUCCAAUUGUCCUCAUGAAUUUACUUAUUGGUUUGGCAGUUGGUGACAUUGCUGAGGUCCAGAAGCAUGCAUUGUUGAAGAGGAUUGCCAUGCAGGUGGAACUUCAUACCAGCCUGGAAAAGAAGCUGCCGCUCUGGUUCCUACACAAAGUCGAUCAGAAAUCCACCGUCGUGUAUCCCAACAGACCCAGAUAUGGUGAAGGGCUGUUACGUGGUGUAUUUCAUUAUUUCUUUUGCACCCAAGAAGUGAGACAAGAAAUACCAAAUGUUGAUACAUCUUUAGAAACAGAAAUAAUGAAGCAAAAGUACCGGCUGAAGGAUCUCAGUUCUCUUCUGGAAAAACAGCAUGAGCUUAUUAAACUCAUCACUCAGAAGAUGGAAAUCAUCUCUGAGACAGAGGAUGAAGAUUACCACAGUUCUUUUCAAGACAGGUUUAAGAAACAGCAGUUAGAACAAAGGAAUAGCAAAUGGAAUUCUGUACGGAGAGCAGUAAAGGCAAAACCACACAGCCCUUAG